GUUUUAAUUCAUUUACGAAAGAAGCAUUUUGGAGAAGAAGCGUGUGUUACUUUUAAAAUAUUUCAAAUAUUUGUAAUCUUUGGAGUAAUCGAAUGUAACUUCUUGUACUUACCUUGGUAUAUGUUAUAUGUGUCAAAACAAUGUUUUUAUAUUAGUUCAUUUAUAAAUGUGCAAGAAAGAAAGGUUUAUGUUGACAACACCAUGUCGGCAUCAGCUGAAGUUGCCACUGUUGAAAAACUGGAGAGAAAUAAUAGUUCAUUGAAACCUGAAGUCAACACGAUUGACACAAGCCCUAUAGAUUUAAAGAAUGAUAAAUUAUAUAAAAAAGACUUAGAAAAUGGGAUUCACAACACGGCCGCAAGAAUUAAUGGAGUUAACGUUGAUGACAUGAGCCAAAUAAAAAACUUGGAAAAAGAUGUUUCCGAAGUGGACGAAUUUAUUAACGGUAAUACAAAUAAAGAAAAAGCACCUGAGGAGGUAAAAGAUUCUGCGAUGGAGAACAAAUAUGAUAACCAUGAAAUACCUACAGAGGAGGAAACUCUUAAAGAGACGAAGACGCCCAAAGAGUUAGUAUCACCUGAGGAAGAGAAAAUACAUCAGGAGGCGGAAACACCUAAGGAGGAGAAAACACAUAAGGAGGAGCUCACAACUGAGGAAGAGGUCAUGCCUAAGGAAACGAAAACACCUGUAGAGGAUGUCACACCUAAGGAAGUAGACAUACAUAACGAGGUGGAGCCACCUAAGGAGAACGAAACCUGUAAGCAGGUGAGCCCUGUGGAAAAAUCUAAGGAGAAGGAAAAACUUAAGGAGGAGGAGGCAAAAGAAUUAGAAAACAAACUUUUAAACGAAGAUUCCAGUGAUGCAGGCACAGAAAGUGUGUUGGACGAGGAUAAUUUAUUAAAUAGUGAUGACGACACUCUAAUGAUUGCUGAACAAGAUGAAAAACCCCAGGAGGAUAAAAAAUGUACGUCUUUUGAGCCAGAUUUGAGUUGUCAGGACAAAGCAGUUGAUUCUCCAUGUACUAAAGGCAAAGCAGAACUAAAACAUGAAAAUGAUGGUAUUAAGAUAGAGGGUAUUGAGAGCAAAGAAGAGAGCGAUAAAGCUAUAUGUGAACCUUCUGUUGAAAAUGUAAGCAAAAGUGCUCGUCACGAACAGGAAAGUGAAGUUUCCAAACCAGAGAAUGGUUUAGAUAAAACAGUUAAAACUGAGGAAAAAAUGGAUGUCGAUGAGGACAAAGCAAUUGCUGAUGUAAACGAUGAAAACGAGCUGCCAAUGGAGAUAAUUCCUUCACCAGAACCCGUCGAAGUGAGCAAGAAAAAGCGAAUUUCCGAACAAAAAUCGAAAAUAGAACGAUUGAAAGAAGAUUUACGAUGUGAAGAAACCACAUUAACUUUGUUGCGUAAACUUCUCGAGUCGCAGCGCGGUAAAAGUCUAUACAAGUCAUCGUCGAAACACGGCAACGUUGUUCCUAGUUUGCAUCCUAAGCCACAACAAAUCGCUCCUAAAAAUCUGUCAUCUUCCAAACCAUCUUCGCUUCAAUCUACUAAAGCUUCAUCCAACGCAAGUCAACCUGUUCAAAAGUAUUAUAUUCAAGUUGGAAACCAAUUAGUUCCCGCCCCUCCGCCAGGCACCCCUGGGAGUGGACCAGUUUAUCAAUAUGCAAAUGGCACUUCGAAUUCGCAUUCAAGUUACCAAAGUCAGCCACUGUCUAAACCUCUUCCUCCGCCGAAACAAACUCCUGAACAAAAGCAAGAUGCUGCCAAAGCUGCACUACGACGUCAAUUAGAACAAACAUUGUUGCAGAUUCCACCGCCACGACCUCCGCCAGCCGACUGGAAAGCCAUUCCUAAUGUAAACAGUAUGGAUUUUAUGAUGUUAGUUGGCUUAGAUGAAGUCGUUGACACCAUACUUGACAUGGAUUUUAAACCUACUUUAAAGACUGCUUUAGAGGAGUUAACUCCUUAUAACCCGCGUAUUUGUUCGCAGUGCACGGUGGAUUUUUCGCCAUGUUGGAAAACAAAGGAGGGCGACGUGAAAGGUUUUGUGUUGUGCGAACGUUGUGCAUUGCAAAAUGUUAAGAAAGAAUUAAAAGCGGAACACACAUCUCGAUUGAAAUCAGCUUUCUUGAAAGCUUUAAAACAAGAACAAGAAAUCGAAGAAAAAAUAAAAGCAGGGGAAGACGUCAAUAUAGGUAAUUUAACCGGCAACGAAAAAUCUGACCGCGGCGUACAAUCUCCGCAGCAGAGCUCUUCCCAUGCUUCGUCGCCACAGCCACCAACAUCUGUUCAGCAAACAGGUAGCCAUGCUCCAACCCCUACCGAACGCCACCACCAGUCAUCUAGUCACCACCACCGCCAUCAAGUUGUACAACACUACCCUCACCCUCAAUCGUUAGUUCAGCAGCUUCACCACCAACAUAUACAACAACAGCAGUUAGAAAUGGAGCCAAGCUCGCGACACUCUUCGAGAUGGCAUCCGUACAUUCCGCCAUCUUCACACCACCACAGAGAUCAUCAUCCAGUACACCACCGACCGUAUGCGUCCUCUUCGUCAUCUGUUGGGGAGGGAAGCCCUCAUCAAGAAUACUAUGUUGUGCAUCACCCACAACAUGCUGGAGUGCGUUACCUAAAUCGUUAACACUGGGCGCCAGUGAUUUAUGAGCUGAUUUAUAGUUGACUGGCAACCGCUGUUUGCUCCAGAAGCUCGAUGAUGUAGCAAUGGGUAGGAACAACCAGUACAAAUACGAUGCAAUGUUUAAUAUUUAAACGCAUUAAUGUGGUCGAUGUUUUGGCUGAAUAACAUUUUGUACAAUCAAUCCCUAGGCGUAGACUAUCGAUAGAAUUUAUAAACAGAUUUCCGAAACAAGGUUUUAUGUCUCGUCACUGCUUUUGAGGAGAAAGAUUUAUUGAUGUGUUGCGUGUAACUUUAGCUGACCUUGAAUGCGGUGUCCUCGUGAAAUGUAAAUGCAUAAUUUAAGACGUUUUAAAUUUAAGUUUUAUGUGUACACGCCCAUGUCUCGAAAUUCCUUGUUCCGUUUUGUCGUGAAACUCAGAAAAGGACUUUGUGUUGAGUUUUUGUCAUCUUUAAGAAUCAUGUUGUAGUUGAUUAAUUUUCGCGAAUUUUAGCCAUAUUCGCGAAAAUAUGUCUGCGCAAAAAUUUUCAGUAAGAUCGAUUCGCGAAAUUGCUGAAAAAAAUGAUAUGCUAAAAUUUAUCGUGAUUUUAUUAUUAUUUUUUUCCUUAGUAAAUUUUCUCUUUUGUAGUUGUUAAAAAUAUUGGUCAGCCUCUGUGAUACGAGCAUUUUGAAUCUUAUCCCAACAGGUAUAAAAAAUUUAAAAUUGUAAAAAAAUUAUAAAAUUUACGAAAAUAAUUCUUCGUAAAAAAAUGUGUAAAUAGCUCAUUUGCGAGAUAUCUUCAUAACCGAUUCGCAAAUAUUUAUUUUCGCAAAAUUGCAUUUAGCGAAAAUAAGUAUUCUCGAAAAUUAAUCAACUAAAAUACUUUUAAGAACUUCAAUUCUCAUUUUUCAAGUAUUCUAUUCCAAAAAAUAUACUUUUCUCAUUCAUAACAAGUAAUCGGUUGCGUUUGUGUCUGAGAAUUGAUUUGCAUCUGUGAUGCUAGCCUUCUUUGUAUCGGCGCUCGGUUUUUCGUGUCGCAUUUACAUGAAACAUUUUCGGAGAUAUUACAACAUUUUUUUUAUAAAGAAAAUGUAUGAAAUUAUAAAUGUACGAUUAUUUAUCAA